AUGGAGAGUCAGAGAGUCCAGUCUUCAUACAGGAAGCGUUUCGGGCCUCAGGGCUCAGGCACCACAGGAGUCAGGAUUGGGAGCCUUUCCCCCCGCUUCUCCUGGCAUGGCACCCCUCGUAACCUCACCCACGUCAGCCCCGUAUCCAGGAUCUCCCUGGGCUCAACCAACGCGCCCCUUCUCCUGGGGAGCCCUGGGGACCGGCUGGACUUCUCAGCCGACUCCCUGAUGAAGGCCCAGUACAAGGAGACUCGCACCAAUGAGAAAAUGGAGAUGAUGGGCCUGAAUGACCGAUUUGCCAGCUACAUAGAGAAGGUGCGCCUGUUGGAGCAGCAGAAUAAGGUUUUGGUGACAGAGCUCAACCAGAUUAAGGGAAAGGAGCCCAGCCACCUGGGAGACAUCUACCAGGAGGAGCUGAGAGAGCUGCGACGGCAGGUGGAUGGUCUCACUGCUGGCAGAGCUCGGCUGGAGAUAGAGAGGGACAAUCUGGCUGCAGAUGUUGGAACGCUCAAGCAGAGGUUGCAAGAUGAGAUUGGCCUCCGACAGGAUGCAGAGAAAGAUUUGAAUGCCUUCAGACAGGAUGUGGAUGAGGCAUCUCUAAAUCGUGUCCAGUUAGAGAGGAAAAUCGAUGCCCUGCAGGAUGAGAUAAACUUCCUGAAGAAGAUUCACGAGGAGGAGCUGCGUGAGCUACAGGAGCAGAUCAUGGCCCAACAGGUGCAUGUUGACUUAGAUGUGUCCAAACCAGACCUGACCGCUGCUCUGAGAGACAUCAGGGUCCAGUAUGAAUCCAUGGCCACUUCAAACAUGCAGGAGACGGAGGAGUGGUACCGAUCCAAGUUUGCUGACCUGACAGAUGCAGCCAAUCGAAACGCAGAAGCCUUGCGCCAAGCCAAGCAGGAGGCCAAUGAAUAUCGCCGCCAGAUCCAAGUGGUGACCUGUGACCUGGAGGCUCUCCGUGGGACAAACGAGUCUCUGGAACGCCAGCUCCGGGAGAUGGAGGACCGCUUCGCCAUGGAGACCGCCAGCUACCACGAUACAGGGAUCCGUCUGGAGGAGGAGAUCCAGGCGCUGAAGGAGGAGAUGGCGCGGCACCUGCAGGAGUACCAGGACCUCCUCAAUGUCAAGCUAGCCCUGGAUAUUGAGAUUGCCACCUACAGGAAGCUGCUGGAGGGAGAGGAGAGCAGGAUCACUAUUCCAGUUCAGAGCUUUUCCAACCUGCAGUUUAGAGAAACUAAUCUGGACACCAAAACCCCAGAGGCCCAUGUGAAGAGGAGCAUCCUGGUACGAACUGUGGAGACCAGAGACGGGGAGAUCAUUAAGGAAUCAACCACUGAACACAAAGAUCUUCCUUAAAGUUUUACAGCGAGCUCUCUCAUCUCAUCCUCAGUCACAAUAUGAGGAUU